AUGUCUGCCAGCGAAGUGCCUUACCCCUUCCAGUUCGACUCCCUGCGGACACAUGAACCAGGUGUUGGACCACAGGACGGCACCACCCAGGAUGUGACCGUCAAACUUCCCAACGUGCGCGGCCGAAUCCCAUCAUUGCAAGCCUCUCGACUCCGUACGAUGAUGCUCGAGGCACAUGGAGACCCAAACAAGAUCCUUGCACACGCCUGCUCCUAUGACGGUCUUUCCUCCCGCUUGGUCGAGGAGGCCGGGUUUCCCAUGGUCUUCCUUGCGGGUUACGCGGUUGCCAGCUCCUAUGGCCUCCCCGAUACCGGCUACAUUGCCAUGGCAGAGAUGUGCGACAAGAUUCGUGAUGCCGUGCGACAAGUUUCUGUUCCCGUUAUGGCGGAUGGUGACACGGGCUAUGGCAGUCCGCUGAAUGUUAAGCGAACAGUGGAGAGCUUUGCCGCUGCUGGUGCGGCUGGCGUUAUGAUUGAAGACCAACAAUGGCCUAAACGGUGCGGCCACACCAAAGGCAAAAGCGUAGUAUCGCGCGAGGAAGCCUUCGCUCGGAUCAAAGCCGCUUGCGACGCACGUAAUCAAGGCCUAGAUAUUUUUAUUUUGGCGCGGACUGACGCUCUCAUUCACGGGUGGGACGAAGCCAUGUCCCGAGCACACGAGUUCCGCCGUCUCGGUGUCGAUGCAGUCUUCGUUGAAGCUUUACCUGACCGCGAGGCCAUGAAACGCUGUGUGCAGGAAGUAGGAAUCCCCACAUUUGCUAAUAUUAUUGAAGGAGGAAAGACCGAAAAUCUGUCCGCUAAGGACCUCGCAGAGUUGGGUUUCUGCGCUGUGGCGUAUCCGUGGACGUUGGUCGCUGCGCAUUUACGUGGGCUGCGCGAAGCCCUUGAUGGGUUGAAGCGGAGCAUGACUGUUGGAGCGCCACCGAUGAUCCUGACAUAUGAUCAAGUCUGCGAAGGUGUCGGGUUUAAUAAAUAUUGGAACCUGGAGGAGAGAUAUAAAUACGAGUGA